CAGGUCUGUAUCCUUCAGAUAUACGGAAAUAACAGCCAAAGAACCUAUAUAGAAGAAAAAUUCCAAAUAGAAUUUAAUGAGAACCUGCUUUGAUGAGUCUCUAUCUUAGCUUCUUCUUCUUCUAGCUAUACUUCUUCAAAUUCAACAUCUUACCUUUACAACAACAACGUAGCUAGAGCUUUCAUGGAAGGAAUUCAUCCGGCAACUGAACCACAUCAACGAGGAGGAGAAAAAUCAAAUCCGUUCGGCAAAAAUGAUAUCAGUAAAACCCAUCAGGAUCAGAUUAAUGGGCAGGGUACUGAUCAUGAUAAUCAGAAUCCGAACACAACGCUGGUAAACAACGGUUCCUUGGACUUUCGAGGAAGAAUAGCUGAUAAACGAAAAACUGGAGGAUGGAAGUCCACGCCAAUCAUCGUAGUGAACGAGGCAGCAGAGAGAUUGGCGUUUUACGCGAUUGCGGUGAACAUAGGAACUUAUUUGGUUCAACAGAUGCAUCAAGCAUUGCCGGAUGCUGCUGCUCAUGUCAACAACUGGGUUGGAUUAGCUUUCGGUUCAACGCUUUUCGGUGCUUUCAUUGCUGAUGCUUAUUUGGGCCGGUUUCUUAACAUUUUCGUCUUCUCUUGCAUAUACGCAGUGGGAAUGGUUCUAUUGACAGUCUCGUCAACACUUGGUAGUCUCAGACCUCCACCUUGUGUUCUUAACAGUCCAGACUGUGAGCAAGCAACUAAAGGUCAAACAGCCUUCUUAUACUGUGCAUUAGCCUUAAUCGGACUCGGAACUGGUGGGAUCAAGCCGUGUGUAUCGUCAUUUGGAGCUGAUCAAUUCGAUGAGAGCGACAAAAAUGAAGUUAAUGGGAAGUACUCAUUUUUCAACUGGUUCUUCUUUGCAAUUAACAUUGGUGCACUUACUGGUAUUACACUAGUUUCUUAUAUUCAAUCUGAGAAAGGUGGAGGAUGGGGUUUCGGUAUCGCAACGGGUGCAAUUAUGUGUUCGGUUCUUAUCUUUGUCACUGGCAUACCUUUUUAUCGGUAUCAGAAACCAAUGGGUAGCGCAUUCACUAGGUUUUUUCAAGUUGGUGUAGCUUCAUUGAAGAACCAUUUUAAAGGUAUUAAGGUUCAGCGUGAUACGGUUCUAUUUGAAGUCAAGACUAAUGAAUCCGACAUAUUAGGUGCUAGAAAACUCGCAAGUACAUCUCAAUACAGGUUCUUGGACAAGGCAGCUGUUAUAACCAACCAAGAAGCUGAUACUACGAACCGCUGGAAUCUAUGCACCGUCACCCAAGUUGAAGAAUUCAAAUCCUUUAUCAGGGUUCUGCCAAUUUGGGCAUCCACCAUAGUUCUUGCCAUUCCAUACGCUCAACUUUCAACAUUUUUCAUCAGUCAAGCUAGUAUCAUGGAUCGAAAACUUGGCCCCCAUUUUGUCAUCCCUAUCGGUUCUGUAGCUGUUUUCAGUGUUCUCAAUGCUCUGAUCCUCGUGCCAAUUUACGAAAAAUUUAUUGUUCCUUCCCUACGUCGUAGAACAGGACAUAUACGCGGAAUAACUUCUUUACAACGUAUGGGUGUUGGUCUGUUCAUUUCAAUCUUCUCCAUGAUUGCUGCAGCCGUUGUUGAGAAAAGAAGAAGAGAUCACUACUCGACGCCAAUGUCCAUGAGCGUGUUUUGGUUGGUGCCACAAUUCAUGCUCAUGAGCAGUGCUGAAGUGUUUACAUAUGUUGGUCAACUGGAAUUCUUUUACGACGAAGCCACUGACGGGACUCGGAGUCUUAGUAGUGCAAUGUUUUUGAGUGAGAUUGGAAUUGGAGGCUGGUUGAGUACUGCACUUAUUAAAAUUAUAGGAAGAACAACAGGGAGUGGUAAUAAUGAUGGAUGGUUGAGAAAGAAAUUGAACGAUAGCCGGCUCGAUUACUUUUACUGGUUACUGAUGGUGAUUAGUAUCGUUAAUUUCUUUAUUUUCUUGUGGGUUGCUUCACGCUAUAAGGGUAAAAAUGAUGCUGGUAAUACCGUGAAUGUAAGAGAUGAAAUCAUCGUUGGCCCGUCACAAGAACCGGAUGGGAACAGGAUCAGUAGACUGUAAUGUUAAAUUGGAAUUUGUGUAACUCGAACGUAUUCUUCUUUUUAGAAUGCACACACUAAUCAUCAUCACAAACACUAGUGAUUAUAAAUUUAUUAUUUGUCUGACAAAGUAUCUCUAUCUGUAAAAACUCAUUUCCAUCAAGUAUAUGAAAAAGUGUCCGAUCAAAAAGAGAAAAGGUAAUUUUUAUCUUGCAGAUCCGUUGCGUGUGAU